UCAGACUCCAUGUGUAAAGGUGAACCGCAAUUCUUCGCAUUUUUUGCACUGCGCACAAAGGAGUUUUUACUGAUCAUUACUGUCUGUCAUUUAGGGUAAAGUCAUUUUCAUGUACAGGCAGAAAGAAAUUGAAUGAAAAAUGCUGUAAAACUUUGUAUUUCUAUGUUGUGAACUGCGUCAGUGUUUUGUGUCAGUUGGUUGAAACCCAACACUAAUGUUCAAUUAAUUACUUCUUCACGCACCGCAUGUGACACUGCCUUCAUCCACAACAACCACGCACACAUACACAAACAGAAAAACACUCCUGCACACGUCAUUGUGGUGACUGGGAUUUGUUUUCAUGGGGGCUGUAGACACACGCGUACUGUCACAUUUUCAGCUUGGGAAACUCCAGGAGCAGAUCUAGCUUGAUGUGAAGGAAUGUUAAUUCUAGGCUAAAAAGACCAGAGGCCUGCAGCAUCCUCCGCUAUAACUAGAUCGACCUCAGUGCCGGUGGAUAAUCCCUCCCCAAAGCACACCCUAGUGAAUUUGACCUAACGCUGGAUACUACAGAUUUCCAUCCAGACAGCAAACGAAAGCAGAGCAUAUCCAGUCCACCUAUAUUGAAAUUAUUAAGCAUUUAUAACAUCAAGCAUUUAUAGUUGUUUUUGGGAGGAUUCAUAUACCUGUUGGUUAGUUUUUAAGAGAGGCAUUUAAAAUAAUUACUAAAAAUGGGUCCUGGAAUGGAAGCAGCUGACAUUGCUGUGGUUGCACUGUACUUUGUCCUGGUGGUAGUCAUUGGGUUUUUUGCCAUGUGGAAAGCCAAUCGCAGCACAGUAAAUGGCUACUUCCUGGCUGGACGCUCCAUGACAUGGAUAGUGAUUGGCGCAUCGCUCUUCGUCAGCAACAUUGGCAGUGAGCAUUUUAUAGGCCUGGCUGGAUCAGGGGCAGCGAGCGGCUUGGCUGUAGCAGCAUGGGAAUUUAACGCACUUCUGCUGUUGCAGCUGCUCGGCUGGGUGUUUGUCCCUGUCUAUAUCCACUCGGGAGUCUACACCAUGCCUGAGUACCUGUCGAAACGCUAUGGUGGCAACAGGCUCAAGGUUUACUUUGCUUUCCUCUCGAUAAUGCUUUACAUUUUUACCAAGCUCUCUGUAGACUUGUAUGCUGGUGCUCUUUUCAUUCAAGAGUCUCUGGGGUGGAACCUUUAUCUCUCCAUUUUCCUGCUCAUCAGCAUGACUGCAUUGCUGACCAUCACUGGCGGAUUGAUGGCAGUGUUAUACACUGAUGCACUUCAGGCAGUGUUGAUGAUUGGGGGAGCCCUCACCUUAACCACAAUCAGCCUUGUAAAAGUUGGAGGGUUGGAGGGUGUCAGGACAAAGUACAUGCAAGCCAUUCCAAAUGUUUCUGCAAUAGUGGCCAGUGGAAACUUUUCCUAUUCUAAUUCCUGUAGCAUUGAGCCCAAGCCGGACUCGCUGCGUAUGCUUCGAGGUCCUCUGGAUGAAGACAUCCCCUGGCCAGGCUUCCUUUUUGGCCAAACCCCUGCAUCCAUUUGGUACUGGUGUGCGGACCAGGUCAUUGUUCAGAGGGUGUUAGCAGCAAAGAACAUUGCACAUGCAAAGUGCUCAACAUUGAUGGCAGGACUUCUCAAGAUCCUGCCCAUGUUUAUAAUUGUCAUUCCUGGUAUGAUCUCCCGCAUUCUUUUUGCAGACGAGGUAGCCUGCAUUGGGCCGGAACACUGCAUGUCUGUAUGUGGUUCUCAGGCUGGCUGCUCCAACAUUGCCUACCCACGUCUUGUCAUGGCCGUGAUGCCUGUUGGACUCAGGGGUCUGAUGAUGGCAGUCAUGAUCGCCGCCCUGAUGAGUGAUCUUGACUCGAUAUUUAACAGUGCAAGCACCAUCUUCACGUUGGACAUCUACCAGAGCAUUCGCCGGAAGGCCUCUCAGUGCGAGCUGCUCAUUGUGGGCCGCAUGUUUGUUGUGCUCAUGGUGGGGAUUAGUAUCGCCUGGGUUCCGGUCAUCGUUGACAUGCAAGGUGGACAGACAUACCUGUACAUCCAGGAAGUUGCUGGUUACCUCACGCCCCCGAUUGCCGCCCUCUUUCUGCUUGGAGUGUUCUGUAAACGCUGCAAUGAGAAGGGUGCAUUUUGGGGAGGUAUGACUGGUUUUACACUCGGCACCGUGAGACUUAUCCUUGCAUUUGUCUACAGACAGCCACGCUGUGACCAACCAGAUAACAGGCCUGUCUUCAUCAGUCAUGUGCACUACAUGUAUGUGGCUGCUGGGCUCUUCUGGAGUUCAGGCUUGGUGGCGGUUGUGGUCAGUCUCUGCACCUCUCCACCAAAUGAGGAGCAAGUUUCCACCACCACAAUAUGGGGGCUCCAUAACGUCAAAAAGGUCCCCGUUAAAGGCAGAGAGGAAACGAACAAGCUAACUGAUAAGGGCUGCUGUAAGAGCAAUGGAAGCUUACACAAAGAAAUGCCUCCAGAUGUUCGAAGCAACAGGUGUCUGGAUGGAGCCGACAUCAAACUCCUCGUGCCGUCCACCGACCUUGACCUAGGGACCCCAAGCACAGAAACAUCCUCUGCAUCCACCCCUGUGGACCAAUUUGGCAGGAAGGAAAGCUGCCAUGACAACAGGGGGAAUGGGAGGUGCAUGCGCUUCUUGGACUGGUUCUGUGGCUAUAAGGAGGAAGCUCAGACCUCCCAGCAGAAAGUGGUGGUGGUGGAUGAUCCAAGAGUUGUUGCAGAGAUGCUCUACGAGCCCCCGAGAGUUAAACUUUUCCUCAAUGUGGCAUUACUGUGUAUCUGCUCAGUGGAUAUCUUCUUCUUUGUUUAUUUCUCACUGUAGUCAUACCUGACACUGAAUUGAUGGGGACUGGUGUGUGUGUGUGUGUGUGUUUGAGGUGUUUGGGACUGUUAUGUACAGUUUGAAUUUCAGAGACUUGGUGAACGCUGUAAUAUUUACAGUUGUCUUUUCUGUAACAGGGAUCAAAGGUUAUUCUAAUCAUUUUUAAAAAAUGAUUAAAGCUUCUUCACAAAAAAAAAAAAAAAAAAAAAUACAAAUUGACUCCAUGGCUUCAAAGUUUCUCUGGCCACGUGCCAGUUUUGUACAGCGCUUCUUGUUAAAACUGCAUUCAAAAUAUCGACUGGAAUUUUUAGAAUGGCUGUUAGAAGUGAAUUUAAUUCGCCUUAUUUGACUUAUGCACUUGUCUUGGUUUUUUUCUUCUGUAUAGUGAAAAAUGUGGUUAAAAACCAUUUUCCCAACGAUUUGGCAGUGAGUAGGUUUUGUUGCAGCACUUAUCCUCUCUGUAAAAUUAAGUUACAGGCUUUGACAGUUCUUUCUGUUGAACAGAUGUUACUACAUUUUAUCAUUAGUCCUUCAAAUAUCUAAAAUUUUUAUUUCAUUUGAUGCUUGGGAAAACCUAAUAAGUAACCAAUAUUUUGUCAAAGAAUGUACCCUGUUUUGUUUUGUUUUUUAAAAUAUGGUUACAAAUAUGAGCUUUGUAAGUACUUGAAAGCAUUUACUUCUCUGCUGCUGUUGCAUUACUUUUAUGAUGGUUGUUGGUAUUAUUACAUUUUAUUUUUUUAAACCACAAGUAUUUAAUCAAAAGUGGACAUUGCCUGUUUUACAGCACAGAAAAUGGAACAGAAGAUACUGACGUUCUUCGUUUCAAAUUGAUUUCCCACCCCAUACUUAGAGGGGGAAAAAAAUCAUUGAUAUAGUACGGUACUCACAAUUCUAAUUGGCUGUUUGGUUUAUUGUCAGUGUCGAUCAAACCUGUCUGCACCUAUACAAUUUUUCUUUAAAUGUAAUUUUUUUUUGUGUGCAUGGUUUAUAUGUAAAAUUUUCUCCUGUUUUUUUUUUUUUUGGGGGGGGGGGGGGGGUUGCCAGUUUGAGUGUUAUUCAAAAUCAGAUUUUUAAGCACUAUGAUUCUAUCAUAACAAAAAGCCACACACACCAAUGGUGAUUUUUGAAUUGACAUUUAAUGCAUAUCUUAUAUUUUAUGUUUUGAAUUGUGUGAGACGUUUAUUGAAUUAUGUCAAUUUGUUGUUGAGUAUAAAAUAGGGCUUACCUGAUUUACCCACAUAAUUUUCUUUUUUUAAACAGUAGUCUCUCAUAUACAGUAUGUGUCAGUGUCAUUUUAUCUGUUUUUCAAGUGCAUCUUUAUGAUGACCUCUUCCAACCAAAUGUGUCUUAGUGUGCAAAG